AGUCAUGUCUACUUUGUUGAUUUGUAAAUUAUUUUAAAAAUAGCGUUAUGGAGAAAUGUUGACCUCCUAAACAAAUUUUCAUUUCAGCAGAUGUUGCAACUCCUUUUUGCCUUUUUUUUUUCUUUUUUUUUCCUGCUGCAUGAGGAAAAGUUGCAGCCGAGCCGCAUUUUCCACAGCGCUUAGUCGGGACAAAGCGGCCGUCGGUGCAGCUGGGCAAGCCUGCUGACUCGGCGCCAUUUUGCCGCACUUGGCUUUCGUUCGUGCGGCUCACCGGCUCUAUAAAGGCGCUGCCGCGUCCAUAACGUGGCCCGAGCCGAUCUGCCGUAUUUUCUGAUCGCCCGCCGCCACAAUGAGCAAGAUCAUCUUCUUUGAGGAUCGCAACUUCCAGGGCCGCCACUUUGAGUGCAGCGGCGACUGCCCCGAGAUGCAAAACCACUUCAGCCGCUGCAACUCCAUCCGUGUUGAGAACGGCUGCUGGGUGGCUUACGAGAAGCCCAACUACGCCGGCUACCAGUACGUGCUCCACAAGGGCGACUACCCCGACUACCAGCGCUGGGCCGGAUUCAACGACUGCAUCCGUUCCUGCCGCCUGGUGCCGCCCUACAACGGCAGCUACCGGAUGAAGAUCUUUGAGCGCUCGGAUUUCGGCGGGCAGAACCUGGAGCUGAUGGAAGACUGCCCCGACCUGAACGAGCGCUUCCACACGCGCGAUAUCUCCUCGGUCAACGUGAUGGAGGGCUACUGGAUGCUGCACGAGCACCCCAACUACAGGGGACGCCAGUACUUCCUGCGCCCCGGCGAGUACCGCCGACACAGCGAGUGGGGCGGCGCCAGCCCCACCGUGGGCUCGCUCAGACGCGUCACCCAGCUCGACUGAUUUGUCGCUCGUUCUCGUGCCGCCGCCACCGAACUUCCAUCCCUCGAUGUCUCGUCUAUUAAGCGAAAACAAAAUAGUCCCCCCGUAGAAUGUUUUUGCCUUGCCCCCCCUGCCCAAAUCCACACAGAAAAUAAAAUCUUCAGAAAAGUCAGUUUGCGUUUGGUUUCUCAGUCCCAAAACAGUCAGCAAAAACAGUUUCAUCAUUAAAAAAAAGAUCAAUUUUCCAGAUUAAAUAAAAAAAAGUUUAUCUCCAAAGAUUGUGAGUUUUGUGGGAAUGGAUGUGCGCCUCCAAACACAAAAAAUGGAUUAAAAGAUGUUGAAAAUAGAAAAACUCCAAAAUUGUCAGAUGAAAAACAUCAAGCUCCAAAUAUGUAGACUUUCUUUUUCUUUGAAAA